AUGUCCCAAAUGCCAUCCCACUGCAGUCACAGCAUAACAGUUCUUAUCAUAGCAGUUCAAUGGUACAAAGAUGACCAAGAGUUCUACAGGUACUCACCAACAGGCCGCCAGAUAGUCCAGUUUCCUCUGAGCGGCAUCAAUGUGGAUUCAGACGAUACGAGUUGCGACGCACAAAUCUGUAAUUUGGUGUUGACAAAGCUCAGAAGACCUGAAAGCUCUGGCGCUUACCGAUGUGAAAUCAGCAGCGAAGCACCGACUUUUAAUUUGGUUUCGAAAACGCACAACGUCACAAUAGUUGCUAUACCCGAGAAGCCUCCGGUGCUGAGGGGCGUGAACAAGUUCUACGCCUUGGGCGACACGCUGGAAGCGACCUGCAGCUCGGAUUUCGGCGAUCCCGAACCCAAUCUCACCAUUUACUUAAACAAGAUGCCGGUCUCCUCCGAUCAAAUUGAAAAACUCCCACCCACUUCCUACCUUAUCGACGAUGAUUCCUACCUGAUCAACAACACCAUCAUCCACGUCCGUCUCAAACUCAACCAGGACAUCAACAUCAACGGCCCCAACGAAAUAUCGUGCGUCUCGUCUACCGACGGUAUCGGCUUGUCCAUGGCGCCAUCUCUACGCACCGUGCACAAGUUCUCUAUAUUCGACCAGAACCAGAUCGUCAACAAUCAGAAAUUCAGCUGGGCCGAGUCGAUCUCCUCGACGAAUCAUCAGAAUCGCUACUUGACGCUGUUUUUCGUGGCGUUCGUCUACAGGAUCCUCAAUUACGUCAGGUUGCAGUAAGGAUUCUAGCAAGAAAAUUGAGUUUGGAGUGAUCGCAAUUGUGGUAUAUGUGAAUACGAAUGUAUAAAGUCAAUAGACCGUCAGAUGUUGCGGUGUUAUAAGUGAAUAUUUCAAUUAUAUUUUACUGUUAGUACAAAUAUGUGAGUAAAAAUUCCUUGAAGUGAAUCUGUUAAUGCCUGUUCCGUAUUUCAUUCUCAUUAAAUUUGUUUAUACCCAAAUACACGGUCCUGCAAAGUGCGUCGGCUAUUUACAGUUGUCACCGGAUCGUCUAUACAGGGUGAGUCUUGGAAAAGUGCAAAUAUUUUCAGGGCUGG